AAUACGUAUGUAACUGUUAUUGCAGCUGAAAAGUUAUAAAAUGUGUUUUUUAAUCAAACUGAGCUUCCUUUGUGCUAACUUAUUCUUCCAAAUGCUGACCAGCUCGGCUUCGGGUAGCAGCCACGCACCGGAAAUAAUGUUAAAAAUUUCAAAUUAUCCCAUAUACCCCUUCCACCACACGAGUCAAUGCAAAUAUAACGAAUUUUAUGAUCUGGAUACAUUUGCUUGUGUGGCUUGCGGUAAAGAAGAGGAAAAUUUACAAUCAACGACAGAUAAGAUCAACUGUGAGUGUGCAAGCAAUUAUGUGACUGUCGCUUUAUAUGACACACUCGCUCACAAUCCAAUUUGCCGGGAAAAGUGUUUGGAUUCCUUGCCCACAGACAACGACUGUCAAAUUAUUACAAAUAACACCGCUAAAGCUGCCUGCGAAUUCAAAUUAAUUAACUUUACACAAACAACCACCGACUACAACGCACGGAAUAUUGCUGCAACGCGACCGAUACGCAUAAAACCAGCUGGUUUUUCCGCCAGCGAAAUUUGUCAUAUUUGCGAUUUGAAAUACAACUUCCGUUACAUGGACUAUUGCAUAGGAAAUGCACUGCUGAAACCGUAUUUGAAAUACAACUCUUUUUGGCAAUCGACCAGCGCCAAUGCGGUGCACUUUGGUGAUCUUAAGUUCGUGGCCUUCUUCUGUUUGGCGCUACGAAAUAGCACAGCAUGCAGUCAGCUAGCGAAUCUUUGUGUAAUGUCGCACUACUCCACCGAUAAGAGCUCGCCGUGUAGUGCUUUUUUGCUGACACAAGUGUCAGAUGUAGCCAUCAAAUAUGCCAGCAUGGACGAGCACCUACAAGCGACGAAACCCUCAUUGUACUACAAGAAAGGCAAACAGACCGCUAAAAGGCUAAUGGAACCCUUGACUCUUAAGAUGGCCACCGGCGGACUGCAACUAUUUAGCACCGUCUUUUCCUUGGAUGGCACCUUGCGUCGUUGGGGUGCAUUCAAAAUGAGCCAUAUCAAUUUAUGCCAACUGCAUGCACAAAGCUUUGCCGCUGAUUGGAAUCCACAAGAGGAAAUUCAGUUUGCUCGGUUCGUCAAGCCAAUUCAGUGCAGUUUGACAGUGGAGAAUCUGAUUGAUUUGGCUGCGAUUUAUGCAAACAACAAUUUUUACAGCUUAUUUUUGAACACUUCGGGCGACGCGAAGAAUAGUAAAUUACAAGCUCUACCCGUGUUGAUUGAAGACAUCUCCGCAGAGAAUUUACGUCCACAAUCCGACGAAUGGCUGUUGGUGAAACGUUUUGAGUUAAUCGCAGCACAGCCGCGACAUGUCUACAACCACAACGUACAUGCCAAGUAUGAAGACACUUUCAAACUGUCGCUUUACCGUGGUAUUAGGUAUGUGGAAUCUUUCGAACUACACUAUAAGAUUUAUGACAACGAUCAGAUUGGACUACCGCUUGUGAAGUUGCGCUAUCGCCACUUGGAGAUAGGCGCAAACACCACACUCAAUGCUGCGCAUCCAUUUAAAAUGCAAAUUACAUUUGAACGCUGGGGAGAGCAUACACAAAGAAGAUUCAUAUUUGAAAUAGUUUUACCCGCCGUUUUAGCCAUCGCAUUGCUAAUAGCCAUGUUCCGCAUGUAUAACUAUAGAAAGCGUAAUAGCGUCGUAGCGACAGCGACAGCGAAGUCAACUGAGUUUUGUGCGCCAUCCACUUGCUUAUUGGAAUUCCUACUCCACUUCAUAUCUUACGCCGCCAAUGCGUUGUUAUUGUGCUUCCUUUUCUACAUUUGCUUUUAUCCACUGCGAUUUCUUAUGCAACGCUACGUCGAGAUCACAACGCCCAUCAUGAAGAACGAUCAGAGCUCAUUGCAAAUUCUAAUUUAUGUAGCAGGAUUGUUGAAGUUGAUAUUUAUUUGUGUGCACUUUUGGCGUAUCAGUCACUUUGAUCUAUUCCUCAUUGACUGGGAGCGCCCGCGUAGUUGUGAAAGCAAUCACUUCACGUUGAAGAACAAUCUGGAAACGUCUUCCGUCUGUUCGAGUGUGCGAACUUUCGCAUCGGAGAAUGUUUCGACGUGGCGUAUAAUUUUCGUAGCAAAUGAAUGGAUGCGUUUCAGUGUGAUGGAGAAACACUCUGCGGCAUUGCAGGCAUUACUAAUGCUACCGGUUGUGCAGCUUUUCACUCUUCAUGCAAUCAAUCAAGAUCUCGCCAUGCAAAUAUUUUUCAUAUUCACCGUUAGCGCGGUGAUUUACAGCGCGCAGCUAAUAGCGCGUAAUUUCCUUUUGAAUCGCAUUUUCGGCGAUCCUCUUCUAAAAUUCAUCGAUCUGUGCUCUUUAUCAAAUAUCUCGGUAUUUAUAUUGUUGGAGCAUAGCUUUGGCUACUACAUUCAUGGACGUUCCCCAAAUGGAUUUGCCGAUACGGAUAUGUAUUCAAUGCUGACACAAAUGCAACGUAACUCACAGAAUCGUUGUAGUCGCAAAGGUUUAUUGGGUGAUUCGGAUCAGCAGAGCUACAUAAUUUUACCACCUUUGAAUUUGCGAAAUUAUUUCGAGAAACUGAUGGCGCCCUAUCAGCGUUCGUAUAGUAUAUCUCAAGCUCAUUUUCAAAAGGAAAUCAAUACCAUUGAUGCAGCAAUGGAACGUAGCUCGGCAGCGUUCAAUAGUCUAAAUCGCUUCCUGUGCGCUUUCAUAGAUCACGCCAUUAAGGAUAUGGAUUAUAUUAUAAAAGAGAAAACAUUUAUAGAGACAUUAUUGCAAUGUGAAUGUGAUAAUUAUUUAACCGAAAAUAAAGGCACAUUUUAUAUCGAUAAACAAAGAUCCUUUGAUCAAUUGCUGCUGUAUGGCAAUAGCUUUAAUAUCUAUACAACGGAAUUGGCUUUACUUUUAGCCAUUUAUAUGCUAACUUUGAACUUAAUGUUGGCGGUGGCGGUUGUCUAUUUACUCAAUAAGCUGCUGCAACAUAUAUUCAAGAAUUGGAUACGCCAAAAUGUUAUGACCAAGACUUCCAUUGAUAAACGAUUUAUAAUGUAGUUUAAGAAAUAAUAUAAAUUAUUUCUUAAAAAGAACUACAAAACAAAUAUGAGAAGUUUAACUAUUUUUUAACAUAUAAUAUGCCCUCAUUUUAAGGUGGUUUAAACAACACUUGCAGAAAAAUCAGAAGACGGAUAAUUGUUUUACAUUAAAUAUCCAGUUGUUUAUUAAUUCAUAUAUAUUUUUUUGCUUAGAAAUAGUGCAGUAGACAUAGGUUUUUAUAACAUAUUACAUAUGGGUAUGCGCGCAAACAUAUCAAUGCGUGCACACGCACAUGUAUGUAUAUUCUACUUCUCUUCUUCAUCAUCAUCAUCAUCAUCACCAGUAGUAAUUAACAUUUUGCUCGCAUUCGCAUUAUGUUAUUAGCGACUAUAAAUUAUAUAUGUAUGUAAGCCUAGUUAUAAAAUAAAAUCUAUAAACUUUAGUAAUUUUAUGCAUAAAUAUGUAUGCAUGAAGUACGUAUUGUGUGUACGUAUGCAUGUCAAUGUGUUUUAUAAAUUUACAUAUGCGACCUUGUAACGUUUUCAUACGAAAUUGCGUAUUGAGAUGGGUUGGAAAUGCUUACCAUUUCGAUUUAUUUAAUUUCACAUUACAAAGGUCUCACAUUUAGUCAAUAUUUUUUACUUUUUGUUUGUAUUGUGAUACAUAUUAAUGCAUGGUAUUUGUUUUAAUUAAAUUGUGUUUUUUUUUCAUUAUUAUUAUCAGUAUUCCUAGCGAAUCUAAUAGUUUUAAAUAUCUGAAAUAACUACUGGCGUAUACAUUUUACAUAUAAUAAACAAUAUAAUUAAAUAAAAAUAGUGCAUAACAUUAACUGAUGUUUCAUUACUUUUCACUUAGUGUUUAUUUAGCAGACAAAUCUUGUGUAAAGAUCAAAUAAAAGUGGAAACUUUUCAAAACAUUGAUUUUCUGGAAAUUAGUAUACUACGUUUUUUUAUGGUCAACACUUGUAGUUAUUUAUAUUACUGAUUUUUAUUAUUAUUAGCACGGUUAUUUGGUUUAGUUAACCAAUUUUGUAGAGUUUGUUAGUGUUUACUUGUUUAUAGUUUAAAUACUUGGUAUGCGAAAUCUAAUUACAAUAAGCCUAUAUUAUGCUGUUUUUAUGAUGGUUAUUAAUAAAAUUCGUGAUUUGUAUUAUCAUAGUUAAUUUUAAUAAUUACAGUGAAAUUAUAAUAAAUGUGAUUUCAAAGAUUGAUUAUUUGGUAUAAAUAAUUUCAAGUUAAUAAGUAAUUUGAAUUGAAUGUAUGUAUGUAUGUACUGAAACGUUUUAAUUCUUAUGAAAAUGCGCUAUGCAAGAAGGAUUUUUGGUUAUUGUAGUAAUAUUUCAUUUUAUCACAAAAUUAGAAAUUAGUUAGCCGCCUUGACUUUUCAACUUUGUUUUAUGAGAUAAUGGAAAAAAACGUGGAAAUAAAUUCUAUCAAUAAAUGCCACGGCUGUUAGACGUUAAUGGAAACAAACUGUGUGAAU